AAUUGAAUAAAAUUCACCUUUCAUUCAAAUUUUUUUCUAGAAAAUUGUAAUAUUAAAAAUAGUUAUAAAGGGCAAAAUAUGUAGUGGCAGUGAAAACUGUUUUUUUUAAUCAAAAUUAACGUACCAACAUUUUAUUGUUUACCUAAACUGAAACUGGGAACAUUAUUUGACACUGCAAUGUCCAAAUCAGUCAGUUUAAAAAAGCUCAGAAUUUCUUAAGAAAAAAUAGUUCAUCUAAAAAUAAUAACCUCAUCAAUGAUAAAAGCAAAUAUACAAUGAACGACGAAGAUGAUAUGAUGUAUGAAGACUCUGGCAAUGAGACCAGCGGAGAUGAUGUAGAUUUUGCUAUAGAAGUUGAUAAUACAUCAAGCAAAGAAUUCCCCAGCUAUGAUGAUGAAUACCAAUUUGAAGUGUUAUCAACUGAUGAAAUAGUCAAACACAUGGUUGAUUGUAUCAAAGAUGUUAAUAUUGUGGUGCAAAUUCCUUCCACUACUACCAGAAUCCUUCUCAACUUCUUCAACUGGGACAAGGAGAAACUUAUGGAGAAAUUCUUUGAUAGCAAUCAAGAUGACUUAUUCAAAGAGGCCAGGGUAGUAAAUCCAUUUAAAAAAAUUAAUGCAAUUAAGCCAAAACUGCUCAGUAAGGCCUUGGGCACUGAAGAAUGUGAGAUAUGCUUCCUUGUUUAUCCACAAAAUCAAAUGACAGGGCUAGAAUGUGGACAUAGAUUUUGUACUCAAUGUUGGAAUGAGUAUUUAACUACCAAAAUAAUGGAAGAAGGUGUUGGACAAACUAUUGCCUGUCCAGCUCAUAAUUGCUCCAUAUUAGUAGAUGAUGAAACAGCUAUGGGUCUAUUGAAGGAUCCAAGGGUCAAGUUAAAAUUUCAACAUUUAAUAACAAAUAGUUUUGUUAAAUGUAAUAGGCUUUUAAGAUGGUGUCCUAGUCCUGACUGUAGUUAUGCUAUUAAAGUAACUUAUGUAGACACUAAACCAGUAACAUGUCAAUGUGGCCAUAGAUUCUGUUUCAACUGUGGUGAAAACUGGCAUGAUCCAGUUAAGUGUCCCCUCUUAAAAAAGUGGCAAAAGAAAUGCGAUGACGACUCAGAAACGUCAAAUUGGAUCGCCGCAAACACUAAGGAGUGCCCCAAAUGCAACGCCACAAUCGAAAAAGACGGCGGUUGUAAUCAUAUGGUUUGCAAAAAUCAAAAUUGCAAAGCGGACUUUUGCUGGGUUUGUUUGGGGCCAUGGGAACCCCACGGAAGCUCUUGGUAUAACUGUAAUCGUUAUGACGAAGAUGAAGCCAAAGCAGCUCGGGAUGCGCAAGAGCAGUCCAGAGCUGCAUUACAGCGAUACCUAUUUUAUUGCAAUAGGUAUAUGAAUCAUAUGCAAUCUUUAAAAUUCGAACACAAACUUUAUGCAGCAGUAAAAGACAAAAUGGAGGAGAUGCAACAACACAACAUGAGCUGGAUUGAGGUGCAAUUUUUAAGAAAGGCCGUCGAUAUAUUGUGCCAAUGUCGCCAGACCUUGAUGUAUACAUACGUAUUUGCUUAUUAUUUAAAGAAAAAUAAUCAGUCUGUGAUAUUCGAAGAGAAUCAGAAAGAUUUAGAACGGGCGACGGAAUUGUUAAGUGAGUAUUUGGAAAGGGACAUUACUCAGGAAAAUUUGGUUGAUAUCAAGCAAAAGGUGCAAGAUAAAUAUCGAUAUUGUGAUGGCAGACAAAAAGCUUUACUAAGACAUGUCCACGAAGGAUACGAGAAAGAUUGGUGGACCUAUAGCGACUAAAAUUAGAGUUUGUGACAAAAUAUUUAUGUCUCCCAGCAGUAAUUAAACUUUUAAUUUUGAAAUAAAUAUAUUUCAUAUUGAAAUAA